UUACGUACCGAAGCAGCCGUGCUAUAGUUCCUUUAAUUCUUGCAAGCAUGAUUGUGCCAUCAACUCUUGCUUUUUCAUUUAGAUGAGCUUAUUGGGCAAUGGAAGGGAGUUGAUAUAUUUACAUAUGUAAUUAUAGUUCAUAUAGCUGUGUAACUAGUUUAUACAGAACUAUAGUCAGUGCCGGGACAUCAGCAACGUUAUAACAAAGGGAUUAUCUGAGAGUCCGAUCUGAUUACAGGCCAUGGGAAAUAUACAGGCACCAGCAUUUCUCAGAUGCUGCAGAAAAAAAUCUGCUGAAAUUAAAGAUGAUGAAAUUACUGAUAAUGAGAAUGGUGAGGAAAACUCUGAGCGAGAAACCUGGACCCGUAAAUCAGACUAUCUGCUUUCUAUGGUGGGAUACGCAGUGGGACUUGGAAAUGUCUGGAGAUUCCCUUACCUUGCUUUUAAUCAUGGAGGAGGAGCAUUCCUUAUUCCUUAUAUUAUAAUGUUGGCAGUGGCGGGCUUACCCUUGUUUUUUCUAGAAUGUUCCUUGGGCCAGUUUGCAAGUCUUGGGCCUGUGGCCGUAUGGGAGAUUGUACCACUAUUUCAAGGUGUUGGUUUCACGAUGGUGCUUGUAUCAGCGUUAGUAUCAAUUUACUACAACGUCAUUGUUGCCUACAGCCUAUACUAUUUAUUUGCCUCAUUUCGAAGUUAUUUGCCGUGGUCCGAAUGUUUUGAGUGGGCAGAUGAGAACUGCUUUAGCAGCAAAACUGAAACAUGCAACGUAACUCUGGGGGAUGAAACACUACUUAUGAAUAUAUCUCUGAUUCGUGGAACUAAUCUCUCCUGCAUUAAUGACGCAUCAAAGGAAUUACCAACCAAACAGUACUGGGAAAAAGUGGCUCUCAGGUUAUCGGGGGGAUUGGGCGAGACAGGAGUGGUGGUGUGGCACUUGGCACUCUGUCUGCUCCUGGCUUGGAUCAUCGUUGUUGCAUCAUUAGCAAAAGGGAUAAAGUCUUCUGGAAAGGUGGUGUAUUUCACAGCCUUGUUCCCGUACGUUGUGCUGUUGAUCCUUCUCAUCAGAGGAGCUACUUUGGAGGGCGCUAGAGAUGGAAUUGAGUAUUUUAUUGGACAACAAUCUAAUAUCACAAAACUCUCCAAUGGAGAUGUCUGGAGAGACGCAGCCACCCAAAUAUUUUAUUCUCUGUCAACGGCCUGGGGAGGGCUGACAGCCCUGUCUUCUUAUAACAAGUUCCACAAUAACUGUUACCUGGAUUCCAUUGUGGUUUGCGUCAUAAACUGCCUCACCAGUCUGUUUGCAGGAUUCGUCAUUUUUUCUAUCAUCGGGCACAUGGCACUUAUUUCCGGAAAGCCCGUUUCACAAGUGAUAAAUGAAGGUUUUGAUCUGGCAUUUAUUGCAUAUCCUGAAGCAUUAGCCCAGCUCCCAGUAGCUCCUCUCUGGUCCAUCCUCUUCUUUUUCAUGCUCCUGACUUUAGGACUCGACUCUCAGUUUGCUAUGAUUGAAACAAUUACAACAUCAAUACAAGAUGCAUUUCCAAAGGCAAUGAAGAAAAUGAGGAUCCCCAUUACGAUUGCAGUGUGUGCUGUGCUAUUUCUUCUUGGCUUGCCGUGUGUCAGCCAGGCAGGACUGUACUGGGUGCUUCUGAUCGACACCUUCUGUGGAGGAUGGACUAUUUUAAUCGUGGCCGUGCUAGAGCUAAUAGCAAUUAUCUGGAUUUAUGGUGGCAAUAGGGUAAUCGAAGAUAUAGAGAUGAUGCUCGGAAAGAAGUCUUUUCUCUUCUGGUUAUGGUGGAGAAUGUGUUGGUAUUUCAUAUCUCCCGUAAUUCUAGCAGUCAUUUUAGUCUGGUCUUUGAUAACAUUUCAGCCACCUAAAUAUGGUGAUGUGCUGUUCCCGGAGUGGGGAAUAAUACUGGGAGCCCUUAUGGUUGUAUUCUGCUUAAUAUGGAUUCUUGUAGUCGCAGUAUGGAAAAUAAUAAAGACCCCGGGAACUCUAUGGCAGCGCAUUGUUAAAUGCUGUAAACCAACCAAAAAAUGGGGGCCUGCCCUUGCAAAAAAUCGUGGUGAGAGAUACAAACAUAUGAACAACGUGGAACACGUCGACAUUCCAGAUAUUAAAGACGAUAAAAACAUGGACAUACCAGAUAUGAAAGGUGCUGAAAGUAUGGAAGCUGCUGAAAAUAUGGAUACACCAGACUUUAAAGGUUUCGAUAACACUGCAUUUCAGAGUGACUGAGAAAAACCUACGCUGUGCAUGGAUUAGAGGUUUAAAUAAAUAUGGGGCAUUUAUUAUUUUUGUUCUACCGGUUUCUUAGUGUUGCCCUUUUUUUAGUGGAAUAGUUGGACUGCAUACACCUUCCCU